CUCAAUGAACAAAUAUAAAACUGCCUGAAGACCAACUUCCUCUUACUACCAUAAAACCUUAGCUAGUAACUUAGUGCUUGUAGCUAUAGUGCUCUACUACUAAGCUGUAUCUGUGACCAUAGAGGGACGUCAUGCAGAGCUGGAGUGGCUGCCUGCUAGUGUGCUGGUUUGUACAUGCAGCCUUUGCUCAAGCAAGCUCUGGAGAUGGACUCAUCAUCCCUAUUGAUGCUGUACCAGCUACCUGCAGAGCCGGACCCCAUGUUGUUAUGGGAACACCGUUAAAGUGGCAACUGACAACUACUGGUGAACUAGUAGACGGAGGAAAUUGUACCUUCACAGACCAAGACUCACAACAAUUACUGUAUUCAGCUGGCUUUGUGGCUGCACUGCCAGGUGACUAUCGCUACCAAUGUCCUGAGGUUGGGGUCCAGGGGAACAUGAGCAUCGUGCAGGCCCAGUACAGCAUCGCAGUGUGCAGUGGUUGCAGUAACCACAGCAAUGAGUAUCGACUAAACACGGGAGAGGUUUUGCAGUGGGCAUUUGUUCGCAUGGAGGGGGAGAAACUGAGAGAGGCUGUAAAUUGUACCUCUCAAGUGUGGAGGGAUGAUCGCCUACUGACCUCAAUGGAUCAAUCCAUGACGUCAUACCAAUUCAACUCUCCUGGCAACUAUCGGGUCACCUGUGAGAGGGACACUUCCUUGCAAGCCACCAUCACAGUCAUGAGUGCACCCUCCCCCCCUCUUACUGGUCUCCUACCACUCCUCUACACACACGCUGCACUCAUGGCCACUGCAUUCGGAGUAUUACUACCAAUUGGUGCAUUUCUUGCCUACAACAAAGUCAAGUUGGCCCACAAGAUCGUACAGCCUCUGGGCAUAAUGCUCGCUCUCAUUGGAUUCGUUCUUGUAAUUGUAUUCGUGCAGCUGACUCACGGGAAACAUUUUCGCUACCUCAUUCACAGUUUGCUGGGGCUUGCCCUGUUGCUAUUGGCUACUCUAGGGAUGCCCUUGCUCCUGCUCAGAAAGCCAAGGACUUGGCACAAGAAAGCUGGACAAAUUGUCACUUUCUUUGGAAUGGGGAAUGUAUUACUGGGUCUCUCCGUGUUUCCAGUGCUUCCCCUUGCUGCCUACAUCAUCUGUGCAGUGUACGGUGUCUGGCUAGUCAUUGCGGCCGUAGUCUACAUCUUUGUGCCUCGGUCUGCAAAGAAGGUCUCCAGUUACUCUAUCCCGAAUCAGACCAACAAAGAAUCUAAAGAUGAAAUAGCACUCAAAUCUCGAAAUUCCUCUUUCUCCAGUUUGAAGGGUCCGCAACGUUUGGACAAGAAUGUUAUCUCAGACGAAAAGAUGAUACAACUACGAAAGAAAAGUAUGGAUUUCCUUGAUUCUACUAGAACGAGAGAGCAGCUCAACCUUGAGUUCAGACACCACCCUCUCUACAACAACCAGCCGUAUGAGAAUGGAAAUGGACAUUACGAGGAGGAUUCCAAACCAGAUCAGGAAUCAGAGUCUGAGAGUUAUGAUCUCGAAGUAUCGACAGCCCCCCUCUGUCGGAUGGUAUCAGAACAAGACAGCUCCAUGCCGCCCACUCCUGAUGAUGAACUCGGAACAGACGAGAAAGUGCGUAUGUAUUUAGCUAGCUCCGAACAAGCCGAUAGGGUUCAAAGUGCAGACAAUUUAGAUCAAAGCAGUCCCGACGAUGUUGUCAUAGUGGGUGGAAAGGUCACCAGAGCUAAGACGUUCAAUCAUCACUACGCCCACCUUGCCGAUGAUGAGACGGAGAAGGGAGGGUCCCUACGAAUCACUCGACACUCUAAGAGAGCUCGACGAGGAGUAGAUGACGUGUUUCCAGAUAUUCUAACUCCAGAUGACACAGACAAAGCUACGACGCUACCGGCUCACCUAGCAACGACCCCCCAGGGAGAGGCUCCUAUCAGCCGUAGGAGGAAGGGUGCCUUUAUGCCCCCUCCCAUCAUCACCACCGCCCCCCUCGAGGGAACUGAUUUUACUCCCACUGGUGGUGGCUGUCCGUUUCAUAAUAUGGGCAAUGGACUGGCCGUCAAGAAAUCAAAUCGUAGGGGAAUCUCCCCAACACCCUCCGGAGACAGUAUGUUUGAGAGCUCCCCUCGUCCGCGAAAGAAGAAAGUGAGUGUUGCUCAAAUUGAAGCGACUGUUGUGCCCCCCACACCUGUGAAUCUCCAGCCCCCUGGUGGGGGGAACCUCCCUCGCAGCAUCAGCCAUGAUACUAUGCGCACUACACAAGAUGUGUUCACAGACAACGCCUUUCGAUCGGUGAUGCAUAUAUCUCAGGACGCCAUCGUGUGUGCCAACUCUGUGGGAGACAUUGUGUUCUGGAGCACUGGUGCUGCAAGGAUGUUCGGCUACACUCCAGGGGAGGCCAUUGGCAGCAACUUAGAAAUGAUUGUUCCUCUUAGUUUCCGGGAGAAGCACCGUUUCGGUAUCAACCAUCGAACCACCGACACUCUCAAGUACCUCCGCAAACACUCGUAUGCUCCAGAGGAACAGAAGCACGCUCGACUGUACGAGGUACGCGCUCUCACCAAGAGUGGGCACGAGAUCCCAGCCGAGGUGCAUGUGACUAGCUUCGUCAUUGAGGGGGAGUUGUUCUACACGGGGGUCAUCUCUGAGAUGACUCGCAAGACAGGGGGCUCCAUCGGGAGUACCAGUGACAUCAACGAGCUGUCUCUAAAACAAAGGUCUCUGGCAGUGGGGGCUCAGAUGAAGAUCGCUCACAACCUGAUGAAUGCAGCCCACAUCUCAAAGAAGGAGCUAGAGAGAGUGCUUGUGAGCAGCCUCAGAGCCACUGACUUCGAGGUAGAGCCUCACCAGAUUGAGCAAAUGGUUGCAGGAAUCAUGAAGGAAGGAGAUCCAGGCACCACUGGAGUGAUGCCAUUCGUUAGCCUCAUCAAGCUCCUCUCAAAACAUCAGCUCUAUAUUAGCGAGUCUGGGAAUAUCGCUCGGUACGGAAAGACCAAAGGAUCGCAGGGAAGCGAAUUGUCACGAAGGGAGAGAGUGUCCAGCAGUACGAAAGGGUUCUUUGUCAACUCAGCAACUUCCCUCAUCUGGUUACUCAUUUACGUACUCCUCAACGUCUUUGUAUUUGUAGUGGGUGUGGUAAGUACGGAUCGAUUAGGCAUGGAGAGGUAUGCGUAUGGAGCCGGACCUGUAUUGAGCAUGAACACAGUUCUUGUGUUACUGCCCACUCUCAGCUCUGUGGUGACUGCAAUGAGGAGCAGUGUCUGGAUGAACAAGUAUCUCCCACUCACCCGGACUACACUGAUGCACGUGCUGGUGUCCUGUGGUAUCCUCGUCUGGUCAUUGAUCCACGUCACUCUCCAUCUAGUCUCCUUUGCCGUUACCAUUGACAAUAGUACUGCCCCCCUCUCCACCAGCGAACGAUUCACAGAGAACCUCCUCACUCACCUUGGUCCUACCAUCACUGGCCUCAUUAUUGCUCUCCUGUUCCUAACUCUAGCAAUAAGCUCGAUAGGUCCCAUCCGUCGAGUGUUGCGAUUCAUUCCGUUCUACAUCAUUCACUGGGUGUGUCUGUGUGCCUUCUACCUACUGCUGGUCAUCCAUGGAGUCAGCUACUUCAACCACUCCUAUUGGCCGUGGUUGCUUCCCUUUGCCUUGCUUGUGUUAGUGGAGAGAGUAUAUCGCUACACCGCUAUCACACGUCACUCUGUACGAGUUGACUGUGCGGGUCGCUAUGACGAUCAGUCUCGUACAGCCAUCAUUGAGUUGGAACGACCUCCUAAGUUCAAGUUUGAGCCUGGACAGUACAUGCUACUCAACCUACCUUGGAUAGGUUACUUCAACUGGCAGCCUUGUCAGAUAAGCUCAGGGCCUAAAGACAAGAGACUUACAGUUCAUGUUCCCUACUCUGCUGAGCCGUGGACUAUGGAGGCCUUUCAAUACCUCAAGACACAUCCCUAUCGCAUGCACAGUUCAACCAAUCAGAGGAAAGACUCUAGACUCAAGAACAAGGAGGCCGUGACCAUAGAGAGCACAGAGGCAAGCCAACACCAGGCUGAUCUCUCAGCCGUUCAAUUCACUGGACCGCAUGGCCCAGCGUAUCAUUCUCAGCUAUUGUUUGACCACAAGAUCUCUACGCUAGUGUGUGCAGGUGACUCAGGGCCGCACGUUGCCAAGGCUAUCAUCAAGAGGUUCCUAGAGUACAGGAAAGGAAAUGCUUGUCAUUGUGGCUGCAGUCCUGUGCUGACCAAGCUCUACAUUGUCUGGGUGGUCCCCAGUGGACACGAUUUUGAGUGGUUCACAGACUAUCUGUCUGAGUUGUGCGAGGAUGACCACGUCCACCGCUACCUGGACGUGAGAGUCUUCCUCACCAACAUCAACUCCCCUCCCGACGAGUUGGCCUCUGCUCUGUUGCAGCUGGGGCUCAAGACUGCCGGCCCUCAGUGCAUGGUGAGGCGACCUUCACAGCCACAACUCAACAACCUCCACUCCAAGACCAGCUAUGGAGCACCAGACUUCCCUGCUCUCCUAGAUUACAUUUCUGCUCAGAAUGCGACCAUGUGGAGUGAGGGUGUGACAGAGUUCGGAGUGUUUUCAGUGGGAGCACUGCACCACGGCAUGAGGAGGGAUCUGGCCAGGGCCUGCAAGACCAGCUCCAAACCUGGACAGCUUAUCUACUCAAGUCAUCACAUUUACACAUAAACUGUUUGGUAGUGUUUGCUAUUCUACUCAACUUUUACUUUUUAUAACUUUUCCCCAGCCCUUUUGUUGUUACAUGUCAUGCAUCGUUUUGUAGAUCAUAAAUAAUUUGUCAUUAAAUAUUAUUGUGUGAAAUGAUUAUAUAAA